AUGAAGAUCGGCAAGGGUCAAAUGUAUGCGCUGGUAACAGAUCGAAAGAAUAGCAAGAUUCAUUCGAGAAAAUCAACAGUAAGACCAGAAGGUGGAAUAUUUUCUUCUACUGACAUUUCUUAUGCCGAGACUUCAACUGUAAUUGAAGAUGACAAUGACGAAUCUUUGGAUAUUAAGAAAGAAAUUAUGGAAGAUCAGGAGACUUCGUCGAAAGAAGUUUCAGGCCAAACAGGGAAAUUAAAUAGUAAUUGGAAGAAAACAAGAAUAAUGUCAACAGGAGAGUGUGAAGCAUAUAUUUUACAACACCAAAAGGAACAAUAUAGUGCGUUGUUUGAAAAUAUUGAAGCGGAUUUUACUUACACAAUUGAUGACAGCAAUGACGAAACAUUGGAAAUUAAGGAAGAAAUUAUCGAAAUUGAAUAUACCAUUGAUGAAACCUUGGAAAUCAAGGAAGAAAUUACAGAAGCUCAAGAGACUGCAGGUCAAAAACAUUACAAAAAAUACGAGUCAAUAUUGGAUGCUGUUGAUGAAAAAGAAACUGAUAAUUUUUCUCCCAAACAGAAACAGCCUGCCCAUAAUAGUCCGAAAAUUAAGGCGUCAGAACAGGAACUGGAAACGAAGUACAAAUGCGAGCAGUGUGCUCGCUGUUAUAAAUGGAAAAAACAUUUGAAUUACCAUAUAAAAUACGAAUGCGGCGUCAGGCUACCGUUCAUAUGUAAAUUCUGCGGCAAUCUAUAUAAACGGAAAAAUAGUAUGAAUGCCCAUAUAAGACGCGUGCAUCACAAAAUAAAUUUGAAGAAGUCAGGAUUGAUACAUAAAUGCGACGAAUGUUCGAGAAGUUACAAUUGGCAAAGUGGUUUAUGUAGACAUAAACGUGCAGAACAUGCACCACUUUUUACACAAUUUACUUGUAACUCUUGUGGCUUUAAAACGAAGCGAAAAGGCCGUUUGUCAGCACAUAUUAGUUUACGCCAUCUCGAAGAAUUUUAAUAAGAAAUUAAAAAACUUCUUUUUUCUUUACGUUAAAUUUUGAGUAAACUUAAAUUAUUUUUCCUGAACAUCACUGCAUAACACUGAAUUUUAGUUUCUGAGGGUUUGAAAUCUUUUUUGUUUUGAGUAAGCCAAUUCUCAGGUUUUUCACGUUGCUUUCCCUACAAUUUUACAUAGUUGAAAUAGGUCGGAAUAAAAAAUAACUUUUUCCAUAUUAUUGACAUUGUUCGCUGUUUUUUAUUUCAUGAAGUAUUUUGUGGCUUGAAUGAAAGAACUAAUUUCGAAGACUCUAUAAUUAUAUAAAAUUUGAUGUGAUAGGUGUUAUCAUAAUCGAAUUUCAUCAUUAAAAUAAGUAUUUUCUGUCAAACUUAAAAAUAAAUUUUAGUUUCUGGCGGAUUAAAAUUGAUUAACUCUUCAUAAGAACAGCAAAGACAAAAAGUAUAAGCGUUCCAGGUAAAAAUUCAAGGAGGCAAUCUCGGCAUAAGAGGAAAUUAAGAUUAGCAAGAACAAUAUGCAUGCGCUGAUAAAUGGUUCAAAAUCGCUUUAAAGGGACAAAAGCCCUUCUCUUUUUUUGAAACAUUUUAACAUUUUAAACCUGUUUCAGUUAUUCGUAAAAUUUUACAAUAAUGUACCUUAAAUAAAAUAAUCAUUCAGGCACAAACCAGUAUAAGAAAAGAGUAAUCUAGGUCAAAGAGCUUUUCAACAUUAUAAUGCACAUCUAAUUAAUAUUAUUAAUUA